UGGAUCUUGCAUGAAAGCAGGCAGAUAAUAUGAGCGCUGCAGGGAGAUAAUCAUGGAUGUAGCAUUGAAUUAUAUCUGAUAACAACGUCUUUUCCCGUAAAAUAAAUAGCUCAAGUUGUCUGUCAGUUUUUAAAGACGGGGUUUUUCCUCCUCGAGCGACUGGACUUGGCUCCAAUAUCAAGUGGUGAGGAAGCUAGCUGUCAAGUAGUAGCCACAUCAGCAUCGUUGAUAUCAGCCAGCUACGUUAGCAACAAUAGAUUUCAGAAUGGCUGACAGUAUUAUGAGUAAGGCUGCUACCAUGGAGAUCCCCAUUAACAGCAAUGGAGACACAGGGACACUGACAGAGGAUGAAAGCCUGGAGCAGGACUUACAGCAGGUGAUGGUGUCAGGACCCAACCUGAAUGAAACCAGCAUUGUCUCAGGAGGUUAUGGAGGACCUGCAGGGGGCAUCAUUCCUACCAGCAGCAUCAAAGGGCCAGCAAUUCGCUACAACCCUGAGUAUCUGGACAGAAGACGAGCCCCUGCAUCAGGACCAGACAUUCGCAUGAAAUCCAGGGCUGUUGGCUUAGCUAAAAGCCAGUCUGCAGCCUCACGACUCGCCCAACAUACAGACCAGCAUCCAGGAUCAUCAAACCACCAAGCAAGUAAUUCAACUGAAGAAGUUUCUCGUGGCGUUGCAGUGGAGAAACUGGACAGUGUAAAGAAGUGGGGUAUAAACACAUACAAGUGUACAAAGCAGAUGUUCUCUGAGAAGUUUGGGCGGGGGUCUCGAACAGUAGACCUGGAGCUGGAGGCUCAGAUUGAAUUGUUAAGAGACACCAAGAGCAAGUAUGAAAACAUCCUGAGACUGGCCACUGCACUCAUCAGUCAUUUUCAAAGCAUGGUACAGACUCAACAGGCUCUGGGAGACACCUUUACUGACCUUAGCCAGAAGUCUCCAGAGCUGCAGGAUGAGUUUGGGUACAACGCAGAAACACAGAAGCUGCUGUGUAAGAAUGGCGAGUCUUUGCUCGGUGCCAUCAGCUUCUUUGUGUCCAGUGUUGACACUUUAGUCAACAAAACAAUGGAGGACACUCUGAUGACAAUUAAGCAUUAUGAAAAUGCAAGACUUGAGUUUGAUGCCUAUCGGUCUGAUUUGGAGGAGAUGAGUUUGGGCCCGAGGGAUGCUGCUGCCAUGGUCCGCAUCGAGAUGGCUCAGCACGACUAUCAGAUCCACAGAGACAAAUAUGAAAGGCUGCGUAGUGAUGUCACUAUCAAGCUCAAAUUUCUGGAGGAAAACAAGGUGAAGGUGAUGCACAAGCAGCUGCUUCUCUUCCAUAAUGCUAUCUCAGCUUACUUUGCUGGCAACCAGCAGCAGUUGGAACAAACUCUCAUACAGUUCAACGUAAAGUUAAAGCCCCCAGGAUCAGACAAGCCAUCCUGGCUGGAGGAGCAGUGAAGACGUGCAAAGUUCAGCUGUUUGAGAUACACAGAGACACGCUGGUCAGUGACCAUUGUGGUUAGAUGGACAAGGAUAAAAUGCAUUAAAGAGUAUACUGUAAGAUCAGUAGCUGCCAGUGAUAAAGAAAAACAUGAGCUAUCUCUUUUAUAAUGUUUUUCGGUAUCACUUACUACAUAGAUGUAACAGCAUUUUUUGUUAAGAGAUUUUUUGUAAAGUCACACAUUUACUUUUGUUAUUUUGGUAGAGCAGUCAUUUAUAUGAUAUCACUUCUUAUUUAUGUACAGUAUAGUCUUCUAUUUCUGUAGAAACCCCUUGGCAGUUUUGCACAUGAAUUAUUUUGUAGUUUUUUAUGUUGCCUAAAGUGUUAUCUUUAGUAUUUACUGAGUACAUCACAUCAGAAGAAUUCUACUAACCAGAUUAGCAAGUGAGUUGAGUUAAAUCAUGUCAAACUUGUUAUGAAAUAUCCUCAGAAAUGUGAUUUAUUUUUGAGGGUGCAUGACUGAACCAUUUCCUCUAAAUGUUGUUAUGGGUAACACAAUCUUCCAGAGUUAUCCUGUUUUUAAUUAAUGCUUUGUGUAAGAUCUGCCUGCAUGGGCGGCUUAUGGUUUACAUGCACAGAAAGAAAAAUAUCGAAAGAUUUUCUCUGAACCUAUUUACAAUCCUACAUUUUGGCUACCUUCAGAUACUCUCUUAUUGAUAAUCCAGCACGGGCACAAGUAGGUGUCUUGUUUACUCCAGUUUACACAUGGAAACAAGCCUCUAAAGGAGAAGUUACACUUCCUCUAAGUGUCAGGCCAUUGUAUGAAUGCUUCAUUGAUACAUGCAAUCAUUUCAAAUACAUGAAGAAAUCAUAAAUGAAAAUGCAGCAUACAACCAAGGUUUAGAAAACUUUAAGGAGAGAGACUGAUAAAAGCCUCGGAGACUCACUCUUGAGGUCUAUUUUUUUAAAACAUAAAGGGGAAGUUGAAACACGUGAAACCACAUGCAGUCCGUGUAAAAGUCUCGGUGUCUCGUCAAGGAAAGAAUGUAAAAAUACAAAAAAUGUAUCUUUUAUUGUGUUAUUUAUUUACCUGUCCGUUUAUAACAUUAUAUUGUUUUGUCCGUUAUUUUUCAGUUGUAGUAAACUGAUUGUCUUUGUCCUCUAUUGCAUUUCCAAUAAGGUCUGCUGGAUGUUUGUUUCACCUGACUGCAGUUGACACAGAUCUCAGUUUGAUAUUGGAUGCUUUCGCAGAUGAUGUACAGAAAGCUCACAAAUAUAUGUAAAAUGUAUGGCACCAGUA